AUGCAUGCUUUGAUUAUCGUCGGAGAAAUCGGAGUUAAUGAUAUUAACUACAGGCUUCGGAAACUUCACCCUCACGUUACAAUCCUAUACGCUGAUUACUACAACGCCGUGUUACGUAUUUUCCAAGAACCGGCCAGAUUCGGAGGUCCGUACAAUUACAAUAUUGUUACUCAGUGUGGGACUAAAGGAGUGGAUUGUUGUCACUACAACAUAGACUGCAUGUUACGUCGUUUAUAA